AUGAACAUCCCGCUGUUCGGCAUAGCCGCGACGUUCACGGGCCUAGCCUUCCGUGAUGCCGUUCCAGGUGAAACGGCCGCCGUCAGCGCUGCACAUGUUGCGGUCAACAGGCCUUUAUGGACUCCAAAACCGGCAUUCGGUGUGACAAAUGCCGCUUCAAUCGCAUUCCUGGGGCAUAUCGCCGACGAAGGUCGAGGUGGAGGCGGUAGAUGUUUCCGCAGGCGCGAAUGCGGUGUCACCCAGACUGCCAGCUGCCGGCCAAAGCGCCCAGCAGAUAUCGCAAGCCAGAAACAUGUGCUCGAAAAGGAGCGCUAUAUCAGAAGGCAGGCACCGAAAGGGUUCGGCGACCCCAAGACGCAGACGCCAGAACCUGUUUCAAAUAAAAGCAAGGAGGUCUUGCAGGAGUUGAAGAAAGAUUAUCCAAGCGCAACAAUUAAGCAGAUAUGGGAUAUUUACAGUUACACAGGUCCUAUAAAAAAGGGAGUUGUCAGUGGGAGGCUCCUGCCAGCCAAGGGUGUUGAACGGCCGAACUAUUAUAAGUCAGGAAUCCCGACGUAUGUGGAGUAUCCGAGAGAUAGCGACUACAGGGGCCAGGACGAUCCAAGGGGCACGAUAAAAAAUGCGCAAGAAAUAGAGGGAAUACGGAAAGCUUGUAGAAUAGCGCGGGAAAUUCUCGAUUCAAUAAACCCUCUUGUCGUCGAAGGCGUUUUCACGGAUGAUAUCGACCGUUUAGUUCACAAAAUGGCUCGUAUCAAGGGGGUAUACCCCUCACCUCUAAACUACCAUGGCUUCCCAAAGUCCGUAUGUACCUCAGUCAAUGAAAUAGCAUGUCACGGCAUACCGGAUUCGACGGUGCUCUCCGCGGGGGACCUUCUGAACGUCGACGUGACGGUCUACGCAGAUGGCUUCCACGGUGAUGUCUCGGAAACUUUCAUCGUGCUGCCAGCCAAGGACCCGAAACGAGUGGCAAAUAGGAAGACGGAAAUCGGAAUGUAUGAGCGCAACAAAAUGCGAUACCAUGCAUCAUUGCAUGAUAAUGUCUGGGACGCCGGCGCAACCAUAAUGAUGCAACUAAACCUGCUGCAGGCACUAGAUGCAGCUGUGCGAAGGUUGCAAGUGAACGACGGUUGGGGCGAAUGGUUCGAAUAUUUGUACACCGAUGACACCGAUCGCAAACCGUUAUUCCUGAGUAACAAGGAAGACGAUUUUAAGCGUAUUGGCACUAGGGUAGCCAUGGACGUGGAAACACUCUACAACACAGUCAACCAAGAAAGCAGUUAUGACGGGCGUAUUGUUGGAAUCCCGGCUACACAAAUACCCACCACCAUAUCACCACCGGGGCAGCCGAAGAAAUUCACCACUAUACCAAAUCCCGAUAUCAUCAGGCAUAUAUUCCAAAAGGCCGACCCGAAUAGGCAUCUCAAGCCAUAUCUGUUCUCACACACAUUCGAAGAUGAUGUGGCGCUCAUGAAGGUUGCUUACGAUGCGCUUAUGCGGGCAAUACAGAUAUGUGCACCGGGAGUCAGGGUGAAUGAGAUUGGCAGGGUAAUACGCGAGUGGGUCGAAGCGAAUAACUGUAACGUUCUUCCCAAUCUAGUUGGACACGGAAUAGGCCGGAACUUCCACGAAAACCCAAUCAUACAUCACGCGGACAAUGAAAGCGAUGUCAUAAUGGAACCAGGGAUGGUAUUCACAAUAGAGCCAAUUGUCACACGCAGUCGUCAUGAAGAGUGCGUGACGUGGCCUGAUGGGUGGACCAUGGCCACAAGGGAUGGAAAGAAAACGGCGCAAUUUGAGCACACCAUACUUAUCACAGACAACGGGCACGAAAUUCUCACUAAGCGCUUGCCAUCGUCACCUAAUAGAAAAGAUCUAAACAAGGAUAGAAAAUCCGAAAGUUGUAGCAAAGGCGACAAAAAUGUCCAGGCGUUUUUUGUAUUUGCUGACGUUGCUACAACAAAACGCCUGUCACUGACCAUCUUUACCUAA